AAGAGAUUCCUGUAAACAAAAACUCGCACUGCUCGUUUCAGAAAGACUAUUCUUGUGUGGAAAACAAUCGUGGACAGUGAUUUUUCUUGACGUUGUGUCGUCGCCUGUUCCUCUGCUCGCCUUCACGGAAUGAUUUUAUUCUUCGGAAAUGGUUCACGAAGAGUUAUUUGCACGUCUGAACGAAGUCGGGUACAAGAACUGGCUCAAAGCCGGUUACUGUCUUCUGAAAGUGAGGGACGGCUUGUGUGGAUUUGCGGACAAUGAAAUGAGGUCUUUUCACAACACUGUGGUCAGGAACAACACGGUUUUAAGGAGAGGACAGCAGUGCAGAAGCAACUGCAGACCAAGAGGAAACCAGUUUCAGUCAGCUUGUCCUGUCUGUAGUGAGUGGCAGAGGGAAAUACUGAGGCACCACACAAAGCCAUCCAGCAUGAUUAACUGGGGAAACUGCAGAACCUGGCUGUGGCCCACUGAACAUUGGGAACUGGCAAAGGCUUUCAUGCCGCGAGGACUAGCAGACGCAAACAGAGCUGAGCACUGUGAUGCUGCAGCGCUACUCAAUCUCCUCCACUUCUGUGACCAUUUCAGCUUCAUCAACCAGGGCCUUGUUACAGAGGUGAUUCGUUGCAGGAAUGAGCUCAUGCACUCAUGUGAGAUGCAGGUCUCAGAUCAAUGGAUGGGCCGCUUUCAGAAGAGUUUAUGGCAGCUGCUAAUACAACUACAGCAUGUACCUGAAGUGGCUGCAGCAGGUCAACAGAUCCAAGAGAUGCUGUCAGUUAAUCUAUCAGUGCAUGUCCCUGGGGUGGACAGUGUGGAUGGACAUGAAAUUGAAGGAGUAGCAAUUGAGUCAGUCAGCCAGUGGGAGACAGAACUGCUCAGGGAAAGUCUAAAGGACUUGUUAAAUAAUGAUCUCGUACCUGUGGAUCUAAAGAAAGUGCAGGCCUUUCACAGAUUUUUGAGUGGACAUAAGGACCUUGAAGAGCAGUUUAAGACUGAACUUCAGAGCAUGCAGGUAUUGGAGGAAAAACUGCAGCUAAGCCUAAAUAGUAAGGAAAGUUGAAAUAUUCGUUUGAAGGAGCUGAAACUGACACUUUUACAUUUUUUUAAAUGUUCAUUGUUUAGCCCUAAGCUUUUGUAGAUAUGUGGAUAACAAGCAAACAUCAAGAUCAUGAUUUUUUUUUAAAAAAGGUAUUCAAGUCAACAUGUCAAGUUGUCCAUCACUGUAUUUUCUAGAAGAACUAUAAUAAAGGCUUGGCUCUCAAACAUCUCUGAAAA